AUGAUGUUUGAUUUCUUGACUGCUUGCUUCAUCCUCGACUGUUAUAAUUGCGCGGUGCUUAUACAUAAAUACAUUGCAGUAGAAAUCUCUUCAACUGUUUCUGGCCAUAAAUCAUUGCUAAUGCCAUUUUAUGUGACGCCAGUCACUUACGUGAAAUCCUUUCGCAAUGAAGAUGAAGAAGCCUUUUUAAUUCAUGAUUUGAAUAAAUUUUCAUUACUUAAUGUUGCAAUAAAUUGCAUUGAACUGCUUUUGCUGUUUUCUCAGAAGUUGAUUUUAGUGAAAGAAGUCAAAGAAGUUACUCACAUGAUGAGACUAACCAGCAAACACUCGGGAACAUUACUCAUAGCGCGAACAUGUAAUCCAUGGAAGUAA